AUGUGGCCGUCAAGUUACAAAAUUAAGGGAUCUCUGGCAACACUGUGGUUUUUGACAUAUAGCCCUUAUUCUACCACACCUCUUCGAUAUAACUCUUAUCCUAAUUCCUCUAAUGCGUCGCUUCGCAGUAGUGACACCAAUCUCACUAGUCACACCAGUCGCACCAGUCGCACCAGUCACACCGACAUGAUUCGCCAGAUAACCAAGCCUGAUAAGUGGGCUACCGGAAAUCGAGCGUGGCUGUGGAUCGUUCCGAACCAUCUAGAAGGCAGCGCGGAUAAGCACCCGAAUGGUUAUCUUCUUAAUAGUAUGUUGACUCCAUAG